AUGUUGAAGCUGAAAACAACAGAACGUGAACCGACUAACCAUUUGGAUCCGGAUCCGGAUCCAAACCAAGACCCGGAAGAAUCGACAGUAGAGAAAACAAAUGGAAUGACUGUGAUAGAUUUAGGAAAUGGAAGCCAAGUUCUGUACACGCCAAAAUUCCUGUCUUACCAAAAUUCCUGGGAUUAUUUCCAUUACCUUGAUAAGAACAUCCCAUGGACCCGACCCACAGUCUGUGUAUUCGGACGCUCCUGUAUCCAGCCCAGAGAUACGUGUUAUGUUGCAAGUGAAGGAUUUCCGGACCUAGUUUAUAGUGGGUAUCAGCCUCAUGCAUAUUCUUGGGAUGAAUUUCCUCCCCUUAAGGAGAUCUUGGAUUUGGUUCAUAAAGCGCUUCCCGGAAGUAAGUUCAAUAGCUUACUGUUAAAUAGGUAUAAAGGAGGCAACGACCAUGUUGGUUGGCAUGCUGAUGAUGAGAAACUUUAUGGACCGACUCCAGAAAUUGCUUCGGUUUCAUUUGGAUGUGAACGUGAUUUCUUCUUAAAGAAGAAACCCAGUAAAACAACAGUUCACGCUAAAGAAAAUGGGGGUGAUCCUCCCAGCAAGCGGACAAAGAAAAAUAAUGAUUCAGACCAACGUUCAUUCGUGUUAAAGCAUGGCUCUCUUCUGGUAAUGCGAGGCUACACCCAAAGGGAUUGGGUCCACUCAGUGCCUAAGCGUGUUAAAGCAGCAGCAGUAAGAAUUAAUCUCACUUUCAGGCUCAUUUGCUGA